GUGCUUACGUCCCCCUCCCCAUAUCACCAUCAUUGCGCCCACUCCGCGCUACCUUGUCGCUCGUUCUCCGCGUAUUCGAUCCAAGAGGAAUGUCGACGAUAGUAUCUCGCAGCUCGUGAAGCUUUCGUUCCCCCCCCGUACGGCCGGAUCCCCGCUAUAACCACAACCAUGGCUACUGCGCAAGAAUCUGUCGCCAACAUGUCGACAAAGGCGGAGCCCGUCAAGAAGGAAGAGCCGACAAGGAAGAAGGCUUCGAUACGGUAUCCCUUCUGGUUCGGCGGAAGCGCUAGCAGCUUGGCCGCCUGCGUCACGCAUCCAUUGGAUCUAGUCAAGGUCCGUCUCCAGAUGCGCACCGGCAAUGCGCCCAAGAACAUGGUCGGCACCUUUGUCCAGAUCCUGCGGCACGAUGGACCCCUCGGACUCUACAGCGGUAUCUCGGCCUCGCUACUCCGUCAGAUGACCUACUCGACCGUCCGGUUCGGCGUCUACGAGGAAAUCAAGACCCGCCUCUCCGCUGGAGGCCGCGACCCUUCGUUUCCCGUGCUUAUAGGUCUGGCUGCCGGUUCGGGCUUCCUGGGUGGUAUCGCGGGUAACUUUGCUGAUGUGCUCAAUGUGCGCAUGCAGCACGAUGCUGCGCUUCCUCAUGCUGAGCGUCGCAACUACCGUCACGCCUUUGACGGCAUGGUGCGCAUGGCCCGUGAGGAGGGACCCAAGAGCAUGUUCCGAGGAUGGUGGCCCAACAGCACCCGCGCCAUGUUCAUGACGGCCGGACAACUCGCCAGCUACGACGUCUCGAAGCGCCUACUUCUCAAGUACACCCCCAUGGAGGACAACCUCAAGACACAUUUCACGGCCUCGUUCCUCGCCGGUCUGGUCGCUGCCACCGUCACGAGUCCCAUCGACGUCAUCAAGACCCGCGUCAUGUCUUCGUCGCACAACCACGGCGUUCUACACCUCAUUGGCGACAUUUACCGCUCCGAUGGUCUCAUGUGGGUGUUUAAGGGAUGGGUCCCCAGCUUUCUCAGACUUGGACCGCAAACUAUUUGUACAUUUGUCUUCCUAGAGAUGCACAGGAACGCCUACCGCAAGGUCAAGGGCCUAGAUGCUAACCUAUAGACUGGGGUGGGUACGAUAGAUGGAAGUGAAAAAAGAGAUGGGCAUAAAAUCUUGGCGUUAACAUUGUCUUGUCACCAUAUAUACACGGUGCAUUCUCGACGGCGUUUGUUUGUUGGGCAACUCGGCUCUGUCGAGUAGGGAAUAACUCACUUUUGGAUACCACACUAGAGGUAGAGAAAGAGAUGCGCAUUAGAAGUUGUAGCAUUUGAGAGAAAGAGAAAGGGUUCUUCUAUCCAGGUUCAUCCAGAAAACAAGAAAAGAAUCCAUUCUACGACCGUUGCUAUG